UGAUGUGUGUAUAGUUACGCUAUGGGUACCUUAUCGACAUUUGAAGUUAUUAUAUUCAAUCACAACGGAGUGUGUGAACCUGGUGAUAAAUUGGAAGGGGAGGUUAUCGUUGAAAAUACUCGCCCUAUGAAAAUUAAGGAAAUCCGUUUAGAAAGUUCUGGUAUAGCCCACGUGCAUUGGGUAGAUACAAGGAAUGCUGAGGGUAGUGUUGAACCGGAAUCAGCAGAUGAACAAUAUUAUAAAUGUACAGAAACAUUGUUUCCACAAGAAGAAGCAAAUCUGGUUCGGAAUUCGUUAAGAACUGGUGAUGGAUACCAUUUGUUACAGCCUGGCCACCAUUCAUUUCCUUUCAAGUUUCCGAUACCUCCAAAAUUGCCAUGUUCUUUUGAAGGACCAUAUGGCCACGUCCGUUACUGUCUAAAGGCAAUCAUUGAAAAAACUUGGAAAUUAAAAGUUAACACUCGACCAUUUACAGUUAAAUCUAGAUUGGAUCUGAACAACAUACCUCACUGUAAUGAGGAGCUGGUGAAAUCAAACAAUAUUCAGCUAUCAUCAAUACUGUUUUCCACUGGUUCCUGCUUCGCAUCUCUUCAUCUUUCUAAACGUGGUUUUAUACCAGGAGAAGAAAUCCCAGUUAAUAUCUUUAUCAAAAAUGAUAGUCAACUUAAUAUUCGUUCUUGUACUCUUGCAUUGAAAAUGAUAUUACAUUACGAAACACCAAGUCAAAGUCGACGUACCAAAAUUAAUCUUGCAAAAGUAAAACUUGGUAAAGUUCGUGCCGAAUCAAUCAGCGAUACAUUUAAUAAGAGUUUAAGAAUACCAGCAGAUUUACCCCCUAAUUUAAAUGGGUGUGGUUUAAUCAACGUGCGAUAUGUUCUUCUACUGAAGAUCAAGCCAUCGUUCAUGUCACUGUCAUCUCUGAAGAUACCUGUAGAGAUAGUUAUUGGAACCAUACCAAUAAACCCAUCAACUUUAUCUUUAUCCCAUCCACCACCCAGCUAUAUUGAAGUAAUGACAUCUGAAUCUGAUGCUUUGCCCAACUACCAAGAUGCCAUAAUGACCUACCCGGCAAUCUCACUGUAACAGGAUAAAACCCAGUAAACAAGAAACAAUGUGCUCAAAAUGAAAUGAUGAAUGGGGUAUAAUUCACACAUUCUUGGAACUGAAACGGGGAAUAACUCAGUAUGCACAUGUAAAUCAGCCUGGAGUGUGUUGAUGAACAAAAAUAUCCGUGAAAAUAUCAAUGGUAUAUAAUCAUUCGGCUUGCCUUCAGUCGGAUUAUAAAGAGGCCAAUCAAAAGAGUUUAGCGAAGAUUAUAGGUGGUUCUAGUUUGAUCAUAUCGACAAUAUUUCAAUUCAUCAUAUUUAUCUGCAUGUGUAAAUACCUAUAUUUAAAUUUUUGGAUUGAUAUCCCUUGAUAUUACUUUCACAAUAAUGUAGUUUGCAACCACGGAAUCUCUAUGACGUCGAGGGGUUUAAAACUCGUGUUUCUAUCAUUAUUCAACUUAUUGAGAACUUUAAAACUCAUAAAUGGAAUAAGUAUAUCAAAGACAAUGGAUUAUUAUCCACCAAAGGAUAAUAAUAGUUUAUGAUUAAAUGUUGUUCUUUAUAAUAAAAAGUAACAUGAA